AUGGAGGGUGUCGGUGGCGGCGCGUACGGGGCGGCCAAGGCCGGCGGUAGCUUCGACCUGGCCCGCUUCGUGCAGCAGCCGCAGGUCCUGACACGGAUUGCCAGCGCGAUCUUCGCUCUGAUCGUGUUCUCUUGCCUGGUCGGAGAGGGCUACACCAACGUGCCCACCUCCUCCCAGCUCUUCUGCAUCUUCAACCGCAACGAGGAUGCUUGUCGUUAUGGCAUUGGCAUUGGAGUCCUCGCCUUCCUCGCCUGCAUCUUCUUCUUUAUGGUGGACAUCUACUUCCCCCAGAUCAGCAACACCACCGAUCGCAAAUACCUGGUCCUGGCAGACCUUGGCUUCUCAGGUCUCUGGACAUUCCUGUGGUUUGUUGGCUUUUGCUUUUUGACCAACCAGUGGUCCUCGACACUGGCUGAGGAUGUGCACAUUGGGGCUGACUCAGCUCGUGCUGCCAUCACCUUUAGCUUCUUCUCCAUUUUCUCCUGGGGUCUCCUGAUUGCCUUCGCUUACAAGAGAUACAAAAUGGGGGUGGAGGACUUUGUUCAAAGCUACAUUGACCCCACCCCAGAGGUUUCAACCCCCUACUCCAGCUACCCCAACAUCAGCCAUGACAGCUACCAGCAGCCACCCUUCACCCAGACAGCAGAAAGCCCAGAGGGUUACCAGCCCCCACCGGUGUACUGAGCCCCGGUGGGGACUACUGUACCAGUGCAAUUUUCUUUG